CUCUUCAACACCUUUGACAGCCCCGCACAACAAGAAGCAAUUACUCAAAAGUCUUCACUUUCGACGCCAAAAAUGCACUUUUCCACCCUCAUCGCCGCCACCUUUGUGGCCGUCGCCUCGGCCAAGGACAUCGUCUACCCGCCCAUCAUCAACCUGGGUCGGUUCGGCUACCCUCACGGCAACCAGUUCAUCGCCUGGAGCCCCUUCACCCCCACAACUACGCAAGACGUCGUCAAGCUGUGCGACACCAGAGGCUCCAUCAAGGGAACCGCGACAUGGACCGCCGUCAGAACCGUCAACACCUACGUCUUGGACCCCAUCUGUCGCAAGCCUUUCAACCUCACCGACGAUGACACCGGCAUCACCUACCGCAACCUCGAGCUCGCGUGCGUGGACGACAACAUCCCGAUCUCGGCCGAGCCUGAGGUGACGGCCGUGGUGGACAGGAACACCAACAAAACCGUCCACACCUGCACGCGCGUGCCGGCAGAUAGCGAGGCCGGUACCUCGCAGGGUUGCACCAGAUCCGCGAAUGGUGGUGUCAUGUAUCUGUACGCGUGCGCUGCUUGAGUGUUGGAGCCAAGAAGCUUAUUAUGUCCAACAAGCAUUCGCUGCAUGCAAAGCCCUGCUUUAGAAAUGCAUCGAGGGGCCGAAAGUCCAACGCAUUUUAUUAGAUAUAUAUAUAAAAAAAAGAGUUACAACGCA